GUACAGAGAUCUUCAAAAGAGAGUGGGUGAUCUUCCAGAAACCAGUCUACUGCUUUGUUCAUCUGAGCAUUCAGGAGUUUCUGGCUGCUGUCUACAUGUUCCACUGUUUCACCAACACAACAACAAAGGUGGUGGUGGACCUUCUGAGGAUAGAUUGGAAUGAGUCACUUCUGAAUGUUUUCCUGAGCAAUGUCAUGUCUAAAUCCCUCCAGAGUAAAAAUGGCCACCUGGACCUGUUUGUCCGCUUCCUUCAUGGCCUCUGUCUGGAGUCCAACCGGAGACUCUUAGGAGGUCUGCUGGGUCAGACAGAGAUCAGUCCAGAAAUCAUCCAGAGCAUCAUCAACAACCUGAAGGAGAUGAACAGUGAUGAAAUCUCUCCUGAUAGAAGCAUCAACAUCUUCCACUGUCUGAUGGAGAUGAACGACCUCUCAGUACAUCAGGAGAUCCAAGAGUUCCUGAAGUCAGAGAACAGAUCAGAGAAGAAACUCUCUGAGAUCCAGUGCUCAGCUCUGGCCUUCAUGCUGCAGAUGUCAGAGGAGGUUCUGGAUGAGUUUGACCUGCAGAAGUACAACACAUCAUGGCAGGGACGACAGAGACUGAUUCCAGCUGUGAGGAACUGCAGAAAGGCUCGACUGACUCAGUGUGGACUCUCAGAGUCUGACUGUGAAGUUGUGGCCUCAGCUCUGAAGUCCAACCCCUCCCAUCUGACAGAGCUGGACAUGAGUAGAAACAACCUGCAGGAUUCAGCAGUGAAGCUUCUGUGUGCUGGACUGGAGAGUCCAAACUGUCGACUGGAGACUCUGAGAAGUGACAGACUUGAGCAGGGUUCAUUUAAAGGCUGACAGAAGUGAAGUGGU